UCCACCUUCAAUUUCACCUCUCUUUCUUCCACCUCUGUCCCAUUCAUUCUGUCAAAAGGACCAUCAAUCAUCUCGUUAAAGAUGGCUCACAUCAAUGCCCGCACCUCACACCGCGGUCACCCGCCCAAGAAACGAGCACGCAUCGACAGCGACCUUGAAGAAUCAUGCUCGGUCGAAGUCUCAGCAUCAGGCGACAUUGAAGAGGAAGAAGACGCUUCCGCUUCCGCUUCCCCUUCCACCUACCAAAAAAGGUUUUCAACCGCAGAAAAUCACGCCCUCUCCCUCCUCUCUGCGCGUAACCACCUAAACAAUGACCCCCUGAUCUCCUUCAGCGACCGAGACGCCAUUCUUGCUCUCGCCGCCGCCCGCCAUCCGAAUACCUUCGGCGAACUGCUCCAGCAAAAGUACAACAAAGCAAAGGACCACCAGGAGCGUAACAGCCGCAUCAUCGGCUUCGAGCCUUACUACCAAGAAGUCCAGACCAGCCUUUGCACAAUCCCCGGUGCACGGGAUCUGGAUCCUUCCGCCUUCGAGUUGAGGACCCGACGGAUGAGAGAGCUCUACACCAGAGUCGACCAAAUCUUCGAUCUAAUCCUCCAGUCAAUCGACCUCGAAUCGCAGAGAGAAUCCAAAUACAGUGCUGCCAGAACUAUGCAGAAAAUCCUUCGUCGCUUGUUGAUAUUUUCAAGCGAGUCUGGUUACAUCAUUCCGAAAGAGUUUUCCAGCGGCCGGGGCAGGGUGGGACUAGAUGGCAAGAUGUUGAAGCUGAUCAAGGACAAGUUCAACCAUAAGAAUCACGACAUCAAGAUGAUGAUGGUGCGCGAGUACGUGAGGGGCGGUUUGGAUUGGGUGGAGAGAGUGAAAGAGCUGGUAAGGCUGUCGUCGCGCGGCGGUGAGGUGUUCAAGAUGUUGGCCCAAGUGUUGAAGAUGGUAGAGAAGAAUGCGUUUGAUCCUGCGACGGAUUGUGAUUCUCGCGGGAUGCCUACUUUUUGAUUCGAAGAAGCGUUGGCCGUGUUUACGCUGGGAGUGGACAAUAGGCGGCGCGAGAUCCAGUCCACCUCCCUGGCCAAUUUGCGAGAAAGGGAAGGGGUUAUUUGUAUCUUGAAAGAAAAAAUACCGGGAUCAUGAGUUCUAC